CGCAGCUCGCUCCCAGCGCUCUCCAGCCGGGGCGGCAGCGGCGGCCGCGGUAGCGGCGGGGGAGGGGUGCAGCGGAGGAGGGGAGGAGGCCUGGCCCGGAGGCCGCCGCUGCCCGGACCGUGGGGCCCGUCUGGACCGGCCAGGCGCCCGGGACUCGCCUCGGCUCCGCAGAACCCGAACACCUCUUCCUCCAUGACCUUCGACACUGAUAAAAGUGGAAGAAACUGAGGCACGGGGAGAGAAAGGCAGCUGAGAAGAGAGGAAUGAGAAAUGCUCACCCUCCCCUAGUCAACCCCGUGAUGUUACCUGGAUGACAGCACACACUCCUUGGUCUCUUCACUGAAACCUAUGUCACGGAAAGACAUGGCCACACCUGGGGGAGUGACCUGCCGUGAGGAUGUAGGUGGACGUCAUGAAUGACAUACAAGCUGUACUUACCGGCAUGUGGAGCAGUCUAGUCGGCAUCUAGGAACCUGGCAUGAAACAAAAUCUCGCGAGAUCUCUGCAGUGGCGGAACCGGAGAUGAGGAAUUGUGAUCUCACGAAAGAGCUUGGGAGCACUCGCGAGAUCUGACGCGCCGACCCCAAAACGCUCUUAGGAAGUUUAAGGCCCAAAGGAGGUCCCAGGGCCAAUGGCCGGAGCUGGGCCGACCAUGCUACUACGAGAGGAGAAUGGCUGUUGCAGUCGGCGUCAGAGCAGCUCCAGCGCCGGGCAGGACUCUGAUGGGGAACAGGAGGACUCGCCUGCAGCGCGUGCCCGGCAGCAGCUAGAGGCAUUGCUCAACAAGACCAUGCGUAUUCGUAUGACAGACGGAAGGACACUAGUCGGCUGCUUCCUGUGCACCGAUCGUGACUGUAAUGUCAUCCUGGGCUCUGCGCAAGAAUUCCUCAAGCCUUCUGAUUCAUUUUCUGCGGGGGAACCCCGUGUGCUGGGUCUCGCCAUGGUACCAGGACACCACAUCGUUUCUAUUGAAGUCCAAAGGGAGAGUCUGUCGGGGGGCCCGUAUCUCUGACCACGAUUGCACUUCUCUUUGAGACCAUUAAACCCUAUGACCAAA